AAGUACCUUCUGGAUCUGUUCUGGAGGCAGGACUGCCCAGCACUUUUUCAUUAAAGAAAAUGACGACAUGCCUUAUAAUACCUUUCCCGAUCCGAGUUAGUCUUCACGUGGACUGGCUUGGCAACCGUCGGUCAGUUCCCUGUCAGACCCUGUCUAGAAUCCGAUACUCCUCAAUGCCUAAACAUCGAUCGUGUUCUCGAGUCGCGAUCAACGCGAACUGAGCAGAAACCGAGGUCCCUUACACUAGUGAAAAUUCAAUUCGUCUGUCGUUCAUACUAGGGACCGUAUACUCCCAUCUGCAAGGUCAGCAUCUUCCCUAAACGGCGUUAACCUUGCAUAGCCCCCGAAGCUAUUCCUAAGGUUGUUUUCUGCAUCUGGUAUAAACAGUCUUUUAAGCUGUAUCGAUAUGGAUACCCAAGACAACCCCGCGGCGAAACAGGUCCGUGCUGAGCGGCCUCAGUUUUCGUCAAUGCGAAGCGGCUCGUUCCUGAGUGAACACCAACAGUAUCGCUCUCCUGUCCAGCCCGAUCAAAACCAUGGCAACUACACUAUAGAUACAGUCGUCGAGGAUCUGCAGGGCGCCCGAAUCUCGCCCUCCAAGUCUUUCGGUCCCUUUAAUGGAGUGCCUAGUAAAGACGAGCCCCCGCGUAUCGUCGAAGGCUUGAGCCAUGACUUCAGCCACCCCAACUGUGCGCCUCCGAGGGGCACUGCAUCACAGCGCAUUAUUGCGACCUUGAUGUACAAGACAAAAUCCUCCAGCGCUGCUCGUUCGCCGCACCUGGGCGCUACCUCAUCCCCAAAUAUCCCGGCCAACUUUGCGCCGACGACCAACCCGGAGAAGUUCCCCCUCGAGCCUCCUUCAUCUGACGAAGCCGAGUCGCUGGACAACAUUUACGGGUCUUACGUAUCCCCUAUGUGCAUCACCUCCUUUCUUCAUCUCAUGUCCUCUUUUCCUCUGCCACAAGGUGUGAAUGAGGCCACAUCCUCCCACCGUUGUCUCGACGACCCUGAGCAUCCCCUGGUUGUCGAGCUGACCCUUGCUCCGGCGCCCGCCCCUGAUUAUCUCUCGUUAGUCGAUCUUCGCAAGCAUGAGUUGAUAUAUCGCUUUGAGCAGGAAUGGAAUGUCGACGUUGUUCUCCAAGCCGACACUCUAUGGCGCCGGCAUCCACGCCUUGUCGUCUUCGACAUGGAUAGCACCUUGAUCACACAAGAAGUCAUUGAUCUCAUCGCUGCUACUAUAACCGACCCCCCAGAUCUUGCCGCCAAGGUCGCCGAUAUCACUCACCGUGCUAUGCUCGGCGAAUUAGAAUUUGACGCCGCGUUCAAAGAGCGGGUGGCGCUUUUAAAAAACCUGCCUUCUAGUAUCUUUGACCAAAUUAAACUUGUACUCGAUGUAACUAAGGGUGUACCACAACUUCUCAAGGCGUUCAAGAGACUGGGUAUCAAGACAGCAGUGGUAUCGGGUGGUUUCCUACCUCUAACAAGCUGGCUGGCGGAAGAACUAGGCAUCGACUACGCGUAUGCAAACGAGGUUGUGAUCAGUGACGCAGGACGGCUGACUGGCGAAGUCCUCGGAAGAAUUGUUGGGAAAGAGCGCAAACAGGAGCUGCUAUUGGAGAUUGCUAAGAAAGAGGGCAUACCGCUGGAGCAAGUCAUCGCGGUUGGUGACGGUGCCAACGACCUGCUGAUGCUGGCCACGGCAGGCCUGGGCGUGGCGUGGAACGCGAAGCCCCUUGUCCAGAUGGAGGCCAGCGCGCGCCUGAAUGGCGAUUCGCUGCUUGAUCUGCUCUAUUUGCUUGGAUUCAUGCGCGAGGAAAUUGACAUGCUGACAACAUGACCUGCCUAUAUACCUAUAUACCUACCUACCUAGGCACUGGGUGCGUGGUAAGGAAUGAGUCUGGCAGGAUAACCUCGUAGAUUUAUUACCACGCCCAGAGAUGAAGACCUAGAGAUUCCCUGACUGUUUUUGAAUUGUCUGAGAUGGGUUUGUUCACAUGCCGGUGUAUGGGAUAGGCUUCAUUUAAACGGCUAGGAUAUCUAUCUCAUUUGGAGAAACCAACCAACUAAUUGAGCGUGGUUGUCGAAUGAGGAAAAUACAGAAAGGGGUAAGCCCUUAUAUCAAACAGUGGGAAAAACGUGGACUGCUGCUGGCUUCUGUGAUUGUUGAGAUGAGGAACGUAAAUUCAUAGGCCUGGUACAAUUCUGGGUUAGUCAAGUCUUUAAUUCUGGUCCUUGUUGACUCCCUUUACGUGUAAG